AUGUCCACGAAGGACGAUCCUAGAGAUGCUGCCCUCGCAACAAAAUUCACUCUGCCUCCGACAUGGUAUAGAGAAAGUGAGGGUCUUGGAUCGUCUGGCAUGUUCCUCUCCGGCUUAAUCAUGGUGACGCGGAAUAGGUAUCUUGCUUGGCCUUCGGUCCUGUUCGGCCUGAACCAGUACUUCAACCAGCAUCCCAUGCGUGCCAAGGAGGGAACUGGCGGCUUGUCGAAUCUUCUUUUAUGUAUCAGCGCCUUGUUUGCCUCUUACAUGCCUCUCUUCGUCAUCAACACUCCCCCUAACGCCCCUGCAUCAUAA